AUGGGGGAGACCGCAAAGAAGUUAUGGAAUGAGAAACCCGAAUUCAUACAGGACACACCUCUAGAUCGUUUCUUCCAAGAUAUUGAUGGUGAAUUAUUAAAUAAGGUGUGCGCAUACGAUCAAGCAGACUCGCAACAGUCGCUAUACGAAUAUCUUGGGUAUGCGGAUAACGCUGCUUUUGUUAACCAGAUACUCACAUAUGUGGUGACCUUAAAUCAGUUGCUCGCGAAGAAUGAAGUAGCAUUACAGAAACAGAAAAGCGAUUUAUUGCCCAUUUCGCUCCACGAUAUGAAAUACCUAGCUCUACUAAUCAAUCUGAUUAUCGUACAUGGAAUAGAUGCCAAUGUUCCCCAAACAAUGCGGAUACCGUUUGAGUCACGGAGACUGAGUAAUUUCAAAAAAAAUGAUUCGAGGUAUGCUAUUCCACCUUCUCACACCCUGGAAAACAGUACAUUGUCAAGUGUGGUCGAUACUUUGAGCAACAUACUGCUAACAACGGAGAACUCGUAUUUGAAAUCAACAAUUUUAAAGGGGUCAUUAUUCACAAACUUGUAUUUGGCGGCAACUGUUUUAUAUUUCCAUGAGGAUAACCCUGUAUCAAUGGAGACCAGAAUAUCAAAUCUUGAGGACAAGCAAGAGACAUACGCACUGUUUGUUAUGUACUCUCUAUUAACACAAACUGUGCAGGAUGCAAAUCUUAGACAGUACUUUUUGAACAGACUAGCGACACUUCCCAUCCGCAGAGAGGAUAAUGGACUAAUCAGUCUGAUAGAUUUCAUUCUUGGUGUAAGGGAAAAUGAACCCAUCGAUAUAGAAAAGUUAGCAAGAGUGAAUCAAAUUGUACUUUCAAGACCAAAAACGGUAUCCAAUCUUCUCUAUUUGACUAAGUUGUUCGAACAAGUGUACGAUGGACUGACGUACAUCAAUAGACCUAUUUUAAUCAACUGCAUCAAUGGAAUUAUAACAGAAUUCUAUUUUAAAAACAAGAGGAUAGUGAAAGAUUUUUUGUUCCAGAGAAUCUACAAGAUACUCUUGAACAACACUCCUUCUGCUAGCAGCUAUUCCGUGAAGGAGGUAAAUGAUUUGACAAACGUUUUAAUAUCUCUUUCCAAAAAUGCAUCAACAGAAGUUUUAAUGGAAUUGACAUCUCCCAAUGACUUCUAUUUGAAUCUAUGGAUAUAUUGCUUAUUUUUGAAAAAGGAGCAAAAAAUUAGUCCCCUGGCAGUCAGCGGAGGCGAAAACAAGGAACCGGUUGCACCAUAUUUUGAGGUGAUACUGUCUCUAAUUGAAACACUUAUCGUAGUCACAGGUAAUUUCAAUAUCUUGAAUCACUUGUCCCUAAAUUUACUGAAUUUCACUCACGAAAAUUGGGAGUACAAGAUUGAUCUAGAGACGCAGCUACCGUAUAUUGUGUCAAAGGAUGAAUCUUCCGACAUAGUGGAUGUCCUUGACUCUAUCAAGAACAUUACUAUUGACCAGUCAAAGGCGCAGACUGAAAAGUUAUCACAACUGACGGAAGAUUUGGACACUGCGAUCGAUCUUUUCAUGAAGUUGUUAAAGGCUUUCAACCACGAGGACGCCAUUGCUGGACUAUUUUUGGCGGUAUUGUCUCGUUGGAUUGAAAAUUCAACCACGUCCUCGAAGAGGAUAAGUAUCGAUGGCGAUGAGUUUAGCUCCAAUCUGUUGAUACUAGUAGAUUUGAAGCUUUUGCAAGCGAUGCACGAAGAAUUUAGAACGGACAUUGUCAAGAAAGGUAAAGAUGUUCUGAUCAUGAUAGAAAAACUUCUCGGAUUUAUAACUACAGACAAGCUACCGAGUAUCACACCCGAAGAGCCCGAUUCAGAUGACGAAGAAUCGGAUUCCUCUUACAAGCAAGACGUUGAACCGCCAUUGGAAAAAUCUACAGUGCUUAAAAUGGUGCUAGAGCUUCUCCAGCUUGUAUUAAAUGGGAUGAGUGCCUUGGAGGUAGAAGCUAACAAACCUGUAAUCCGAACGAUCGGCGAGAAACUGAAGCAGCAGGGCAACAUGAACAAGAGUGACGUCCUGGACCACAUCCAAGGACUAAUAACAGAAAAGUUAUCGAACGGUGAAACGAAGACUUCGAGUAGCUUGGAACCAGCACAGAAUCCGGACCAGGAAGUCUUAAACAGGGCCAUAAUCAAUAUUAACGACAUUUCGGUCCCCAUUCGAGCAUAUGGACUUACACAGAUGAGGGCACUCAUUGAGAAGAGAUCCCCCGUAAUCACCGUUGAUAAGGCGAUUUCGUACCACCUGCGAUUGGUCACGGAGCAGGAUCCCUUCGUCUAUCUGAACGCAAUAAAGGGUCUCAGCUCUCUCAUUGAACUGGAGCCAUCAAGGACACUGGAAGUGCUAGUUGAGUUCUACGGUAACAAGGGUAAAAAUAAGAAGAAGAACAAGCUAGACGACGUACUGAAGAUCGGUGAGGUGUUUGUAAGCUACAUCCAGCGAGAGAACGAACUGUUCCAGGGGAGGCACGCAACGUUAGUCAUUGAUGUCUGCUUACAAAAGAUCAGGGACCGCUCUACUGUGGACGUCAAAGAGCGGCUGUCUGCGAUGUCCAUCCUUGGCGUCGCACUACAAGUCAACGCAGCGGGUAUCGAGGACAAAAUUGGCGACAUGCUCGACUGCAGUUUCGGAAUCCUCCAGUUGGAGCAAGACAAACCUUCCGGAGGCGACGAAUUGCCCUCCAGUGACAAGACAAAACAGUCCUUCCUCGUACGGAGAGCAGCUAUUCGCCUGAUCCACGACUUGCUCGUGAACUCGGGGACGGCCCUCCUGCCGGCGGAAUACCCGGCAGACAAGAUACGAAUACUUCUAGAAUACGUGAGAACGAUAGACCAAGACUACUUUGUUAACGAGCAGACCGAACAGCUUCUACAAGAACUGUCAGCAGCCGUCUAG